AGAGGACGGUUAUGGCAACCUUAAGCGACAGAAUGAAGAAAUGGAAGGUACAACUUCUGUUAUCUGCUAUUUUCGCUUUGGUUUCCGUAGCCAAUGGAAUGAUUCAUAAUAUGGCAAUUCCACAAGGACUAGACGAAUGCUUUACUAGAUAUGCACAAAAGACCAGCAUCCGACAUACUGUUGGUCAGUCUAUCAACUGGAUCUGUGUACACCAGUAUAUGUGGCAACAAAAUGGAAUGCAUAAAUGGCUAAAUUAUAACGUCACGUCUAAUACAAAUAUGUGGUAUAGCCGUCUGCUGGUGUUCCCAAAUCGGAGAACACUAACAAAUUCUAGAGCGACAAAAGUGAGGAAGGAAAUUCGAAUGUUGUCAGACAUGGAGAGACAAAAAUUUCUGAAGGCAAUUCAAAUGUUGAAAGCAGAUAAGAGCAUAUAUCCAAAUAAAUAUGACGCACUGGCUGCUUUACAUCAAGGCAUAACGGAAACAGCUGCCCAUGGAGGACCCAACUUUCUGGGAUGGCAUAGAGUUUUCUUGAUCAUGUUUGAGAAUGCGAUGCGAGAAAAGAUCCCAGAUGCGACACUACCAUACUGGGAUUCAACUCUUGAUGAUCCAAUGGCAAAUCCUGUUGCAUCAGUAAUUUGGAGUGGACGUUUCCUUGGUAAUGGAAAUGGACUUGUAAGCACUGGUCCAUUUGCUGAUUGGUCAACCCCUGUAGGUCCUUUAAUUCGAAACUUAGCUAAUACAGGACAGUUAUUCAACAGGCGAGUCAUUCAAAACAUUCUGACAAGGAAAAGAAUAGGUGAAAUAACCGAGCCUCAUGCUUACACUCAGUUCAACCUUGAAUUUCAUCAUGGAGAGGUACAUAUGUGGGUAGACGGACAAAUGGGAGAGCUGACCACCGCUGCCAUGGAUCCUGUGUUCUUCCUUCAUCACGCUUAUAUCGAUUACAUUUGGGAGAAGUUUAGGGCACAGCAGAGAAGAAACGGUAUCGACCCUACCCGUGACUACCCUUCUGUAGUUAACCAUACUUUACAUUUACCGACGGCCAUGUUGGGACUUGGUACUUUUAGAAACAUUGACAGUUUUAGUGAAUACAUCGUGAAUGGAAUAUAUAGAUAUGACGAAUCUCCGUCAUGUUCAGCAUUUAAUCGUAACUGUGGUUCUCCAUAUCUUCAGUGUAUUAAUAAACAAAAUGAGUGGAUAUGUGUAUCUGUUGAUCAAGCCCAUAUGCCUCCUCUACAACAUCAUGCAAUAUUUGCUAAUAAUAUGCAAAUGCAACAACAACAACACCAACAACAAAGGACUUUCCAACAACAGUUGGUAGAGUUAAGUAGAUUAAGAAUUCCAAAUAUGAAUAUUAACAUACAUACAGUUGGACCUAACACAAUGCCAAAUGCACAUCCAGCAGUGGUUUCUCAUCUGGGUCGUAACAUUCUAAUGUCUGUUCGAAGAGAUAGAGCCAAGCCAAUGGGAUUCGAAGUUUUUCAGAUGCCAUCUCAGUCUCGACCACAACAUGCAAAUUUCCAGCACAUGAAUGCAAAUAUUCCUAGAAUACGUGGUACAGGGUCAGAUGUGAACAGAAUGAUACAAGGAAUGAGCCAGAAUAGAAUUCAAAAUUCCAUGCCAGCACCAUCUCCUUCUCCAGUUACAUCUUCUCAAGAAACCUGUCCAGUAAUUCCUGUGAACCGACCUUAUCAAAAUACAUUUAAUAUAAACGGUAUUAGCGACAUGAGGCAGUGGGUCUACCUACCAGUAGAUGUAGUUUACAAGCGUCCCCCAGAUUACGAAAGAUACAACGCUUUCCCUGUAAUUAGUGGACGACCAUUAACAAAGACAGACAUUUAUGAACCAGAGGCAUAUGCUACUUUGAGAACACCCCUCAACACUGGUCGUCCAGCUUCCUAUGCAUCUUGUAACACUGGCCAGUUUGGAGCUGGUGCAGUUUUUAUUCAGUCUAAUGGUAUUAACUAUGUUGGAAAUUAUAAAGAAUAUGCAAUUGUUGAUCACCGUCUAGCCAUUUCUAGUUCAACGGCAUUUGUUGCCAUUAAAAAUCCAGGCUAUGGAGCCACAGAUGUGAUGCUUUCUGCUUACGAUUCCUGUGGUAGAAUUUGUCGGCCAUAUUGUAAAAUCCCCACAUCCCAAACCGGCGAAUCACAACCUUGUUCUGGAUUGUUGCGCGUCACUUCUACGUACCCAAAACUCUAUGCAAAUGACUAUGGAGAAGCUGUUUACAAAACCUGGAGUCUUGGUAAAAGCUGUCCCAGAAAGGACAGUAGACAGGUAUACAUGACCUUCUACUGCGAUUAUGAGGAGGACUGGCCGAUGCCUGGUGUGGUUCCUGUCGUUGUACCGACCCCUCCACCUAUACCUAUUCUUCUGAUACCAAGAGCAGUAAAUACACAGCCACCUUCUGGUGACGCAACUUGUGAUAUAGGUGAUGGUUGCAUUUUACCUGGAGAAUGCGGUUUCUGUUUUGUUGGAACUGUUCAAAAAUGUCAAAAUAGCUGUGACCAGUAUGCAGUAUGUGUUUAUGGACAAUACGUGGCGGACAGAUGUAAGGCGGGAACAAUGUAUGACGUCACUACACACCGGUGUAUUCCUGGGUCGUGUUCAGAGGAAAUAGAGCCCACGGCAGCUAGCGCUGAUUAAAAUGCUUGUCACCCCCAAGGUGUUUUAAUUAAUACACCUAGGUUAGGUCAAACGUUAUAAUGUUGCCCAUUAUACAUGCAAACUCUUGUGCAUUCAAAAAUACAUUGUUCUGUUUGGAA